CACUUCAAAGGCUUGUCCACCUCAGGUACUCCUUCGUGCUCUUCCGCACACACUCACCACAACUUGCAAACACACACCAACCGAUGGGAGAACCCGACGAUCCUUCUUUAUCGCGCAGUGUCAAGUCCAAGACUGCUGCCGCACUUGGCCUGGGACGCAAGAAGGACACCACGCAGCCCGUCCUCCCCACCGCCAACAGCCACACUUCCCCCACGCGUGCUGGCUCCAACACCAGCACUCUCGGCAACGAGAAGCGCGACGAGAACCACAACAAUGCAAACGGCCAACUCAAUACCCAGGGAGACGGAGCUUCGUCUUCCGCCCUAGAGACUCCCAAGGAGCCGCUCUUCACCCGCAUGAAGAACGGUUCGCUCCGCUUCCUCACCCACACCAAAAAUGCCUUGACACACAGCUGGAUCAAUGUCUUGCUCGUGUUCGUACCUAUCGGUAUCGCCGUCAAGGUUGUCGGCCUCAAGUCCGAGAUUGUCUUCUCCAUGAACGCCAUCGCCAUUAUUCCACUCGCCGGACUUUUGGCGCACGCGACCGAAGUCGUCGCUGAGCGCGUUGGAGAUACCCUUGGUGCACUGCUCAACGUUUCAUUCGGAAACGCCGUUGAGCUCAUUCUCUUCAUCAUUCUGCUUGCUUCCAACCAAAUCGAGGUUGUGCAAGCCUCGCUGCUGGGAUCUAUCCUCGCGAACUUGUUGCUCAUCCUGGGUAUGGCCUUCCUUCUGGGAGGUCUCAAGUACCAGGAACAGGUCUACAACAGCACCGUCACUCAAAUGAGCGGUGUCAUGCUUGCCUUGGCUGUCAUGAGUCUGCUACUUCCCACUGCGUUCCACGCCGCGUUCAGUGACAACGCUAUCGCCGAUCAUGAGACGCUCUAUGUCAGCCGCGGUACCAGUGUUAUCCUGCUGAUCGUCUACGGCCUGUACUUGCUCUUCCAGCUCAAGAGUCAUCGCUAUUUGUACGCAAGUACUCCCCAGCACAUUAUUGACGAGGAGUCGCAUCCCGGUGUUCUGGCAGGCGCCUUCGACUCAUCCAGCUCCUCAUCUUCUUCUAGCUCCAGCAGCGAUGAUAGCGACGGUUCUUCACACUCCUCCGGUACGCUACAGCGCAAGGCCAAGCGCAUGGUGCGCAAGCUCCGCCGCAAGUCCAGCGCUAGCUCUAAGGAUGGAUUGUCUGCCUUGUCUGGUGUAGAAGGUGCCCGGAACGGUAGUGUCGACAGGAACGCUAGCGUCGGCAGCUCAAUUCCACGUCAUUUCGACGAUCCGAUUAUGAGUGGCGACGAGGCCGACGAAGAUGUCAAUGCACCUCGCGUUCGAGACUUUGAGGCCGCUUCGCAUGCGUCGCUCCCACAUACCAAGCGUGAGAAGCGCAAGCACAAGGACAAGAGCAAGAAGAGGCACCGCACCCAAGAAGCUGCAGUCGACGAGAAGGUAGCAGAGCCGGAGCCGAAGCCCAAGGUUGCUUUCGCUGAAGAGGUGCAGCAGAGCGAAGCCGCUCCUGUGACUGGACGUCGUGCUUAUCGACCUGCUCUCCCUUCGCUUCUGUCCAACAACGUGUUCUCAAACCCACAGAACCUGGCUCCCGUUGGUGGGCCUGCACCCAACAUCCGCAUGGCAGCACCCAGGCCACCCCUUCGUCGCUCCAGGUCGUUGCCCGAACGCAUGGACCGUACGCAAUCGCAGACUAGCACUAACAAUGCUAACGCUCCUGCUCCUCUUCAGCAAGCUGCUAUCGUUCAUGACGAUGAAGAUGAUCACACCCCCGACAUGUCCAUCAAGGCUGCAAUCUUUAUGUUGCUCUUCAGCACUGGCCUAGUCGCCGUCUGUGCCGACUUCAUGAGUGACGCCAUUGAGCCCAUGGUCGAGUCUUCCGGUAUCAGUCAAGCUUUCAUCGGUCUCAUCAUUUUGCCCAUCGUCGGUAAUGCUGCUGAGCACGUUACUGCUGUCACUGUCGCCAUGAAGAACAAGGUCGAUCUGGCCAUCGGUAUCGCUGUUGGAUCUUCCAUCCAGAUCGCUAUCUUCAUCACGCCCGUCAUCGUUAUCUUGGGCUGGAUCAUGAACAAGGAGAUGACGCUUUACUUCAACAUCUUCGAGACUGUUGCACUGUUCGUUACAGUCCUCGUCGUUAAUUUCCUGGUGCUCGACGGCAGGAGUAACUACCUCGAGGGUAGUCUGCUCAUCGCCGCCUACAUCAUUAUUGCUCUUUCGAGUUUCUUCUACCCAGAUGGCUGCGACGCGUCUGCGAUUGGUGGUAACGAAAAUGCAUGUAGUGGAAACACCGUUGCUCAUGCUGCGCAGAUGGUCAAGCGCCUGGCAGGGUACUAGUCCAGCAAUAGCUCGGCUUGGAAAGUCUGAUGCUGGCUACGAUGCAUACGAUCAUCGACGAUAGCGUCAUCUAACUUGCGCGUCGGACGAAUUGGAGCUUGAGCGGGUGAAG